GUAUAUAUCUCUCCAUAUCGAGCAAGGACCGCAAACCGGGACCGCGGACCACCAUCGGGACACCGACGAACACGUUUGGAACAGAGGACAAGAUGAUGGCCGAAGAUUGCGAUUCAGAGAAAAAUAAGCACAUUUUAUCUAUGGAAGGAAUCAAGAAUGGCGGUGGGAAACCUACCGCAUCCAUUUUUGGAAAGUACAAGCAGAGUGUUCAGACCCUCAAACCUUUGCGGUGGACCUCGUCACAGCCACACCCAGUUGAUAACGCGGGGUUCCUGUCCUUCGCCACUUUCACGUGGAUGACCUCCAUGAUGUGGGCCAUGUUCCGAAAAAGGCUGGACGUGAGCACCCUUAACCUGUCGCCUUUGGACGAGGCCGAUGGAAGCACAGACAGGCUCCAGAGACUCUGGGAGGAGGAAGUAGCAAAGUCGGGUCUGGAAAAGGCCUCUUUGGUCCGAGCCAUUCUUCAUUUCCAAAGAACCAGGCUCAUUCUCUCUGUCAUGGUCGGGGUCCUCGCCAUGUUGUCAGCAUUUCUGGGUCCGGCCGUUUUGGUAUACCUGCUCCUGAACUACGUAGACGACCCUUCCAAGUCAACCCAGGCGCACGGCAUCGGCCUCUGCUUUGCUCUGUUCACCUCUGAGUUCUUCAAGGGCUUCUUUAUUUCAAUACUGUGGGCAGUCAACCUGCGCACCGCCGUCCGGCUGAAGGGGGCCUUCAGCGCACUGGCCUACCAGAAGGUCAUCUCGCUGCGGGUGCACAGUGGCAUCUCCAUGGGAGAGGUCAUUAACGUCUUGACUAACGAUGGCCACAAACUGUUUGAGGCCGUACUGUUCGGCAGCUUCAUACUGUCAGCACCUGUGCUCUUCUUUGUGUGUAUCAUCUACGCCUGCUACAUCCUGGGCAUCACGGCGCUGAUGGGCGUCAUUACCUACCUGGUCUUCAUUCCGGUACAGCUUUUCUUGGCCAAGCUCAUCAACAAGUUCCGGCACAAAGCCAUCUUGAUGACAGACAGUCGCGUUCGCAUCAUGAACGAGAUCCUCAACAGCAUCAAGCUCAUCAAGAUGUACGCCUGGGAAGACUCCUUUGAGAAGAAGAUUACAGAGUUGAGGCAAACAGAGAAAAAACAUCUGCGCAUAACCAGUUACAUCCAGAAUGCCAACACUAGCAUCACCAGCAUCAUCCCCACCAUGGCCACCGUACUCACCUUCAUGCUGCACACCUUGUUGGGCUGGAAGCUCAACAUUACUGAAGCCUUCACCACCAUCGCCAUUUUCAAUGCCAUGCGCUUCUGUCUGGCUCUGAUGCCGUUGUCCGUGAAGGCUCUGGCCGAGGCCAACGUGUCCAUUGCACGUCUCAAGAAAAUAUUGCUGAUCCCGAAUCCAGAUCCCUAUUUGGUGCAGAGGAAAGAUGGCGACUUCGCCAUCGAGAUGACGAAUGCUACCUUGUCUUGGAAUAAGCCAGACAGCUGGAGGGACGCACCCCAUCCUGGUGUGGUCAACGGGGGGACGGGGACAGCCAACGGAGAAAUUGGACACAAGCUGGAUGAAAAAAACGACUUCCUGCCCACUUUGAGGAACGUUUCCUUCUCGCUUCCCAAGGGCAAGUUAUUGGGUGUCUGCGGGAAUGUGGGAAGUGGCAAAACCUCGCUGAUUUCUAGUAUUUUAGAGCAGAUGCACCUCCUCCAGGGCUCGAUCACGGCUGACGGGACCUUUGCGUACGUUUCCCAGCAGGCGUGGAUCUUCCAUGGAAGCGUGCAAGAAAAUAUCCUGAUGGGGAACCCUUUGGACAUGGACAAAUACGAAAGAGUUUUGGACGUGUGCAGCCUUAGGGCCGACAUGAAGAUACUCCCACAAGCCGAUCACACAGAGAUCGGUGAGCGUGGCCUCAACCUGUCGGGCGGCCAGAAGCAGAGGAUCAGCCUGGCCCGGGCGGUUUACGCUGACAAGGACAUCUUCCUGCUAGACGACCCUCUCUCGGCCGUGGACGCCCAUGUCGGCAAGCACAUCUUUGAAGAGUGCAUCAAGCGUCAGCUGCAGGGAAAGUCCGUCAUCCUGGUCACGCACCAGCUCCAGUAUCUGGAGUUCUGUGACGACAUUCUGGUACUGGAGAACGGCGAGGUCCUGGAGUCAGGGAACCACCAGGCGCUGAUCAGGGCCAACGGACGCUAUGCUCAGCUCAUCAGCGGCUACCAAGCAGAACAGCCCAAAACUCAGAAAGAAGCAGAGGAGGCUCAGCCCAUGAAAGCGAAGGAGGCUGAGCUGAGAGAACGCCCAAACAGCGGCAUCCUCAACCCAGCCUUCGACAUGACAGACGAAGAGGAGGUGGAAGGCAUAACCAGCCAAAAAUUGUGUCAGAGAAUUUCAGCAGUGGAGGGGGCCAACCAACUUGUCAGCAAGGAGUCAUCCACAGAGGGGGCUGUCUCCUGGAGGACUUACAGACAGUACUGCAAGGCAGCAGGAGGUUACAUCAUCAUCUUCCUCAACUUCCUCAACGUGGUGCUGAUGAUCGGCUCCACGGCCUUCUGCAACUGGUGGCUCAGUUAUUGGCUUGGCCAGGGCAGUGGGGUCCAGUUGGCCAACGGGACCGCGUCAGAGCAGGGCGACAUUUCCAAGAAUCCGGAACUGCACUUCUACCAGCUGGUCUACGGCAUGAUGCUGGUGGUCAUGGUGGCCCUGGCCAUUGUCAAGUGCUUCUUCUACACCCAUGUUACCUUGAAUGCCGCCUGCCACUUCCACGACACCAUGGUCAAGAAGAUCAUAGCCAGCCCCAUGAGCUUCUUUGACACCACGCCAACGGGCCGCAUUCUUAACCGCUUCUCCAAAGACCAGGAAGAGCUGGACAGUGUUCUCCCACUCCACAUGGAUCCUUUCCUGCAGUUCGCCCUGCUGGUGACCUGCACUGUGAUCAUCAUCUCUGCGAUCUUCCCUCCCAUGCUCAUCGGCGUGCUCAUCAUGGGACUUUUGUUCACGCUCAUGCUCUUCAUUUUCCAGAGGAGCAUCCGACUGAUGAAGAAGAUGGAGAACAUCAGUCGCUCUCCUUGCAUCUCCCUCACCACAUCCACCCUUCAGGGCCUCAGCACCAUCCACGCCUAUAACAUGAGAGACAGCCACAUCAAGCUGUUCAAGUCCCUGAAUGACAUCAACUCCAACCACUAUAUGCUCUUUAACUCUGGGACCCGCUGGCUGGCCUUCAGGCUUGACUUCAUGGCAGCCACGCUGACCUUGUUUGUGUCGCUCUUUGUGGUUCUGAGCCGUAACGAGGACAUCAGUCCUUCCUUAAAGGGUCUAGCUUUGUCCUACACCAUACAGCUGACGGGCAUGCUGCAGUACGUGGUGAGGCAAGCCACAGAGGUGGAAGCCAGGUUCAACUCAGUGGAGAGGCUGCAGGAGUACAUAACGGGGUGUAAGUCCGAGGCUACCAGGACACCUGGAGGACGCUUGUAUCCAAAAAACUGGCCCACGGGGGGGUCCAUCGCCUUCCAGAACUACAAGAUGAGGUAUAGAGAGAACACGCCCAUUGUCCUGAAUGGGCUGGACUUCAUCAUCCGAGCUGGAGAGAAGCUGGGCAUCGUGGGAAGGACGGGUUCUGGUAAGUCCUCUUUAGGGGUGGCGCUGUUCCGGCUAGCUGAGCCAGCGGCGGGAAGCAUCCUGAUAGACGGACUUGACAUCUCGGCCAUCGGUCUGCAAGAUCUGCGUAGCAAACUGUCCAUCAUCCCCCAGGACCCCGUGCUUUUCGUCGGCACAGUCAGGCACAACCUGGACCCCUUUAACAGCUACAGUGACAAGAAGAUCUGGGCAGCACUGGAGAGGACCUACAUGAAGGACUCUAUCUCCAAACUGGAGGGUCAGCUUCAGGCGCAGGUGUUGGAGAACGGAGAGAACUUCUCAGUUGGAGAGCGACAGUUGAUGUGCAUGGCGAGAGCGUUGCUACGCAACUCCAAGAUCAUUCUUUUGGAUGAGGCGACAGCGUCCAUCGACGCUGAGACCGACGCCCUGAUCCAGACAACCAUCAGAGACGCCUUCCAGGACUGCACCAUGCUCACCAUCGCACACCGUAUAAACACUGUAAUACACGCCGACCGCAUUCUGGUCAUGGACAACGGAAAGGUGGCAGAACUGGACCCUCCAGACGUGUUGUCGCAAAGGUCCGACUCGCUGUUCUCCUCACUCCUGGCCGCCACAAACUCCGUGAGCACGUCGGAGGCACAUUGAUCUGCACCCAAUAUGCGUUUCAUCUUGUAUUUGUCUUGCACAUGUACUGGCAUUGAGGGAAAAGAGAC